AUGCAUCCUCUAUCUGGCCGGGCUCAGCAUCACUGCGUAACUUUGCUUGAGCUCCUGCGGGAUGGCGGGUGUGCAGAGCAAGGUGACGGAGGAGGGAUGCACAACGUCAUGAUGGGAUUCCAUAUCCGUACAUUUGAUCCCGAAUCGUUUAUGGAUGUUGUCUGGCCCCGGAAGGCUGGCCGUACUGCCUCCCAAGGCAUGACAGGCCUGGGUGACAGCGGUGGCCGUGGAGAUGUUGGCGGGUGGUCUAUCCUCAUAUUGGGGACCAGGCCGAUAUUUUUUGUCACCAUGUUUCUCCCUACGCUUCAGCGCCAUAGCAACUAUCUCGAAAGGCGCUCCAACAAUAAUAACAUAAAGGAUAGCACCUCGGCAAAGAUCCCCAUAAUUGUGAGGUUUUUCAGUUCUGUUGCCAUUGCCUUCCUCGCUUUUAUCAUCGUCGUGCUCUGUAUCUUCUACUUUCUCCGAGCCCUCCGUUACAGCAACGCGGAGCCUAGAUACAUCCCUACGGAAUACCUCAAGAACAAAUGGCGAAAUUGGUUGCCAAAGACAGCAUAUGGCCAGGUCCCGGAUGCCGUCCCGGAUGCCGUCCCAGCUACUCAACAGGCUCGUGCCAACCGAUCACAGAAUACGUCUUACAGGGGAGCCGGUGACGACGGGGUGGAUCGUAACACCUCUAUUCGAUCAGUUAUGACGUUGCCCACAUACUCCCCAGUCCCGAAACCGACUGAGCAAGUCAUUGGGAGGGAAGGUGAGCGAGCUGGUAUGGAUGUUGUAGUCGAGUUUCCUGAAACAGCAGAAGAGGAAGAGUCGCGGAGGGAGGAGCAGAUGGAAUCAUUGUACCAAAUUCGGCUGGCGCGAAGACAAGAAAUCGCAGAGCGGGAGCGACGAAGGCAAGAACGGCGCGAUGCUCGAGAACGCGGCGAUUGGGAGCGAUUAGAGGAGCUACGGCGUGAGAGUCGAGCGCGACACCGAAAUGCGAGCCAGAGUAGUGCCGCUCCAAGCGCAGCGGCACUGAUUGCUGAACACCAGUCCCGUGGAAGGGAGAAGCGAGUUACGAGCGUUGCAUAUGCGGAAGUGGGCCACGUUCGACAUGAUGGCACCCGAUUACGUGCAAGCUCUCAAGAAUCGGAUUCUCGACCGCUCCUUGAUGGCAAUUCCUCCUUAUCCAGCUUAUCCGGAUCGCGUCCGCGCGCAACAUCGGGCUCGUCUUUUUUUUCGAAUGCGACUAGCCAAUCGGACAACGAUACUCCUAGAGGAUCCAUCACUCUGGCUGAGGCUGAUAUUGGGGACUCGAAUAUCCAUCAACCGCCACACUACGAUCAGUUGGACUGGGGUGAUGCUCCAGCAUAUCGGAGCCCGACUUUUGAAAGAGGGUUAGAACCCCGAUUUCCUCCCUCCAGCCCUAUGUUAAAUGCGCCCACGGUUGCUGUCGAAUUUCAGCUUAUCUUAUUUUCACAGUGA